AUGGCAAGCGUAGGCCCUAAUCGCUAUGGCAAAGAAGGUGUUCGUGUCGUACGAGUUCGUCGUUCACCUUACAAUGGUGACACAUUCGACGAAUGGACAGUGCGCGUUCUCAUCGAUGGUGAUUUUGUUAGCAGCUAUGUCGAUGGCGACAAUACCAAAGUUUUACCAACUGAUACCAUGAAGAACACCGUUUACUAUGUCGCUUCACGCACACGCGCAAUAACGAUUGAAGAUUUUGCCAAGGAACUUGUCAACUAUUUAAUUGAACAUCAUUCUCAAAUAGCAGGUGCACAAGUACGAGUCGAACGUAAAGAAUGGUCACAUAUGGUUACUUCGAACAACAGUCGUCAUCCAACGUCGUUCGUUCAAGCAACUCAAGAAGUGCAAUUCACUACUGUUAAACGUCCCCGACAUGGCGCCUUCUCGAUUGUUUCUGGUCUCAAAGAUUUGAUGGUGAUGAAAACAGCCAAAACAAGUUUUACAAAUUUUUAUCGCGAUGCAUUGACGACAUUAACCGACUCGAGAGAUCGACUUUUUGGCACAGCUAUCACAGCUAAAUGGACCUACGAGGAUGCCUCAUCAAUCAUUGACUUUGAUAGAGCACGUCAACAAAUUCGUUCGGGCAUGCUCGAUGUUUUCUGCGAUCACGAGUCCGAAAGUGUUCAACAUACACUUCAUGCAAUGGCCAAAUAUGUUCUGGAACGUGUUCCAACGAUCAGCCAAAUUCAUUUAACAAUGCCAAACAUUCAUUGUUUACCGGUCGAUUUAACCCGUUUUGGCGAACAAAACAAGAAUGAAAUCUUCAUGCCCAUCGACGAUCCUCAUGGCUAUAUUCAGUGUACCAUCAAUCGAUCAACAAUGACUAAAACUCUAACAACCCAUAUUUUGGAUUUAUCUUGCGGUCGGCCAGCUGCGAAUGUUCCGGUCCGAGUUGAGAAUCUUCUGAAUGGAGAAUGGGUGCUGAUGCCAACAACAGCGAACACAAACACUGAUGGUCGUGCUGUUGAUCUCGUGCCUGCAGACAAAUGGCAAGCCGGCCAAUGGCGAAUCAUCUUCGAUAUUGCAUCGUAUAUGCCCGAUGGGUUCUAUCCUUCUGUCACAAUCGAAUUUCGCACUAAAGACUCCGCCCAUUACCAUGUCCCACUUUUACUAAACAAAUUCGGUUAUAGUACUUAUCGAGGAUCAUAG